AAAUCUAAAAAUUGAAUGGCCCAUACGCCCAAAACCUAAAAAUCUACCACUUGUUCCUGCAAAACCAAACCCUCAUCUGCAGUUUACGUUUACACCCCAAGAAACCAAACUAGAAGGAGAAGGCCCUAAGCCCUGCCCUCGGUGCGCACAUAAAUAUCUCCGUCUCACUUGAAAACUAUCCUUCCUUAAACCUACCUGCUGUGUUUCAAAAACCACCUUAUCUUUUCCCCGUCUAUCUAUAUCCACCACUUGGUUUCUCCUUGCAAAACACACUAGAAAAGAAGGAAACCAUGUCUGCAACAUCUGCCUCUUCGCUAGUCCUACCAUCGCUUAACCACCCAAACACCAUAAAAUCUUUCUACAGCAAACCCACUUCGCUCUCUUUUUUAUCCCUCUCCUCCACUUCUUCUAUCCAGCCCGCUUCUCUUUUUCUCUCCUUUCAGCAAAAGCAACAGCAACCUUUGUCCUCUCGGUUUCUAAAAAGUGUUGCCAUUUCAUCUGAAUUCGGGCAAGAAGAGGAUGUCUUUGGUGAUGGAGACCAGCCCAGUUUCUCUCCCGACCUCCAGUUGUUUGUGGGUAAUCUCCCUUUUAAUGUUAACAGCGCCCAGCUUGCUGAUCUCUUUAAAUCUGCUGGAAAUGUUGAGAUGGUUGAGGUAAAAUAUGACAAGAUAACUGGGAGAAGCAGAGGAUUUGGUUUUGUGACCAUGUCAACUAUUGAAGAAGUUGAAGCAGCUUCUCAACAGUUCAAUGGCUUUGAACUCGAUGGGAGGCCAUUGAGGGUGAAUUCUGGACCCCCUCCCCAGAGGGAAACUUCCUUCUCAAGACUUCCCCAGAGGGAAAAUUCCUUCUCAAGAGGCCCUGGGGCUAGAGGUGGUGAAACCUUUGAUUCUAGCAAUCGUGUUUAUGUCGGUAACCUUUCAUGGAAUGUUGAUGACUCGGCGCUUGAGUCGUUGUUUAGAGAGAAAGGGAAGGUGAUGGAUGCUAAAGUGGUUUAUGACAGGGAUAGUGGUAGAUCAAAGGGCUUUGGUUUUGUUACUUAUAGUUCUGCUGAAGAGGUUGAGGAUGCCGUAGACUCCUUAAAUGGCGCCGAAUUGGAUGGCAGAGCAAUUCGAGUCUCAGUUGCAGAAGCUAAGCCAAGGCGUCGAUUUUGAGCACUAAACCUUUUCUAUAUCUUCUCCCGAGGAAAUAUUUUGGGGACUUGGGAGAUACACAGUUGCAGUCUAUUACAGUCUUGCAACCUACCUGAACGUGGCUUCUUGAUAGAUGCAUUGCGGAUGAACAAGAGUUGAUUAAAUGUGUUGAAAUUUCUUGAUGUAUGUUUUAAAUACUGCGAUCCAGAUGGAAAAACAUGUGUAGUUUAUUUAUCGAGGUGAUGUAUGAAUUAUUGAGUUGCUUUGACUUUUGCCA